GGCCGAGGGACGUGCGUGUGCGCGGGGGACACGGUCUGUGUCUGUCGUGCCAUUGAGGACUGUGAACUGAGCCGUGCACACACGUGUGAGGGUCUCGCUCCAAGUGGUGGGUCAGAAGCAGAAGAGGGACAGGGUGGGGGGUGAGGAGGGAGGGCUGGGAAUGGGGGGGCCCGGACGGAGCUUCUGGAGAGGUGCAGCUGAGGGCACAGCCCGGAGAGCCCCACGUGAGGGUGUUCUCAGGGGGCCCAGAGAGGAGGUGGGAGCCCCGGUUUUACGGCCACCACCUGAGGCACAUGCCUGCCUUUCGCCUGGUCCUCCCCCUCCCGGGGGAGGCAUCCUGGGGCGGGGGCGGGUGGCGGCUGUCUGGAUGGAGGCCAGCGCUGGCCAGUACCGUUGCCGGGACACCGAGGGCCUUUGUCGCUGUCAACAGUGGCCCCACAGGCCUUCCAGGCGUGAGCCCCUGGGGACCCAGAGGCAGACAUGCAGACCCUGGCGUGGCAGCGGCCCGAGGCCGCCUGGCCCUACGUCCCCCAGGGGACCCUGGAAGUGGCAUUCCCAGCACCUCUGUACAGCGAUGACUGCCUGUCCCUGGAGGGGCCCCGCUGGACACCGGCCAUCAAGCAGGCCACACGCUGGAAGUACACGCCCCUGGGGCGCGACGCAGCUGGCCAGCUGUGGUCCACCGGCCUAACCACCUCAGACCCCCGUGAGGCCUGGUACACGUUCCCGCGGGCCCCGGACAGCCCCUACCGGGAGGCCCACGGCCACUGGCACAGAUGUCACAGCUGCCGGGAGCGAAGCAUGCCCUCAGCCUGUACCCAGCACCUCCGGGAGACCGCCUGGUACGACCCUGUCCUCCCUGCCCAGUCCAGGAACCCCGGCACACGGUGGGGGAGCACACUGUGGAGGGACAGACUCAUCCGGGGCAAGGAGUACGUGGUCAACAGGCACCAAUACCGGGUGGAGCCACCAUGGCGGUCGGACCACGUGCCGUACCUGUCGGUGCCGCGGCGGCCGUGCUACACCACCCAGAGCUACCCGCGGUGGAGCCCGGAGCCUUACCGUCCCUCCACCAACCAGCGGCCCCCGCCCGCCCACCUGCCCGUUUGCUGAUAAAGGUCACGCUGCCAGCACCGCCCCGCAGGGACCCCUGUGCCUCUGACACCACCCCACCC